AAUUCAUAAUUCAUAAAAAUAAAUCUUAAAAUUCAAACAGUUCCAGAAACUGCACAAACAUCCUCUCCUGGUGAAAAAAAGGGCAGUUACUUUUUUCCAUCUCAAAUGAUCUAGGUCUAAGUACCCAGCAUCGGAGGAUUCCGAUCACGAUGCCACCGCCGUCAACGCCUCGCGGCUCCGCUUAUCUCACCGCCCUCACUCUCGAAAUUGAGAAGAAACUUCAACGUGCUUUAGCUUCGGUAUCGCAGAGACGAAACUUGUUGCAAGAGUUGUUCGCCGACAUAGCUUUGGAAGUAGAUGAUCGCGCUAAAGAUAUGAUUUUUGGCGAGGAAGAUGCAAUUUCUUUGGCGGACGAUAGAUACGGUUGCCCAAUAUGCUUCUACAAUGUUCUUGCUGAUUAUUUUGUACGCAUGCCACAAAAUGGAAACUCAUUCCUUGAUCUUAUAGUACAACUUUGGAGUCAGCCAUUUGCAUCUAAUAUUUUUCCUCUCUUGUUCCACAAGUGGAUGUUUGAGGUUCAGCUUGACAAUCCUGAAGUAUUACUACGUUACUCAUCUGCUCUUGUCCAAGGUGUUACAAAUAUCUUCUGGAUCGACAUCCAAACAAAUUCAAGGCGCUUCUUGAGUCUCUUUCGUUAUCUGCUAGAUGAAGUUGCUUUAGAUUCUGAGAGAUUAAAGAAGAUUCCCCCUCAGGCUCAGCGAGACUUAUUUCUUCUCCUCUCAAGAUUCAUAUUCUUUUACAACUCAGCUGACAAACUUGAAAGAUUUGUGAAGCAAUUUCCCGAUUUUCCAAAUUCUUUAUUGGUUGGCGGAGCUGCUGACAUAUUUGUCAUUGAACUAUCUGAUCAGCUUCAGAAGUUGAAGGUGGAGCCAGUGCUUCUUCACUACCUUUAUCAGAUAAAAGUUCUCCAAGGACUUGAACUCAGAACGACAACUAGUACACGACUGAAAACAUGUUUAUACAGCUUCACAUCUCCAGGUGGUCCAAUGUACCCAACAAGAGCUGUGCGUCACGCAGCCUGGGGGGCUCUUGAUUUUCUUUUUCCUGUUGGGAGAUAUCCGCGGCAUAUGAUAAGUCUCUUCUUCAGAUUACUUUAUCCAUGGUAUUGGCCCUCAUCUUGUUGGAACUUUGUAAUUUCCUGUAUACAAGCUGUACUGUAUUCUAUCUUGGGAUUGAUUCUUUCUGGUUGGAAAAGAUUGAGAAAACCAAACAAUCAUAGAUUAUAGAUGCCCUUAAUAUUUUUGCUUGUUUCUUCUUAAUAUUCGAAGUUAGCUAUUUUUCCCAAUCAGUUGUCCGAUUCGUAAAGGCAUUGUAUGUUGUUGUGUGAGAUACUGUUGUAUCAAUAAAACAGUAAAAUACCUCAGUUGCUGUUUUUUUAUAUUAAAUUCAAACUUCCGA